ACUCUUGGGCGGGGGCUGGGAAGCUUUUCCUGUAUGAAAGUUGCACUGACUGCUUCUCCGUCUUGUAUUUCCAUUAUAGAUGAAGGUCGAGAUCGACUCCUUUUCUGGUUUCCGUAUCUACCCCUCAAAGGGUAAACUUUUCGUUCGUGGGGACAGUAAAGUCUUCCGUUUCGCCAGCUCAAAAAAUGCAUCUCUCUUCUUGCAGAGGAAGAAUCCACGUAAGAUCGCCUGGACUCAGGUGUACAGGCGCAUGCACAAGAAGGGUAUCACGGAGGAAGUUGCUAAGAAGCGUUCACGCCGGACUGUAAAGCACCAGCGAGGCAUUGUCGGUGCCGACCUUGCUACCAUUGCUGCCAGACGUAACCAGACUGCUGCUGUCCGUUCUCAGGCAAGACUAGCUGCCAUCACUAAAGCCAAAACUGAGAAAAAGGAGAAGGAGAACAAGAAAGCCAAACCUGCUUCGCGCCCAAGUGGUGCAUCUGGACCAAAGGUAUCCAAACAACAGAUGAAGGGUGGAAAGGGUGGACGAUAAAGGAUUUGGUCCUCGUUGAUUAUUCACCUUUGUAUGCUCUGACACUUAUGAUGUCCUCUCGUUUUCCGUUACACAUGCUCAACAUGCGACUAUCUCCUCUAAACCGGACAACGACGCAAGUGUCUUCUUUCUAUUUAUCAUCG